AUGCUUGUUAGCCCUGGAACUGUCAUAACUAGUCGGUCUCCUAGAUCUACAUUGACUGUCAAGGUUGUAUCUUGUUCUUCAAAAGAUAUACCUGCCCUUGUCAAAAACGCUACUCGUAUAUCUAUCGCAGAUCAGCCAAUUUCUACAUCUGUUGAGACACUGAGCAAGAAUAUUGCAUCCCUUUCUCUUUCUUCAGAUGCUCCAACUUCACCUCGUGGGCAAAAACCGACAGGCCUUGAAAAGGCUUAUGAAGCACUCUACGAAGUAUUGAGCUAUCCUUUUCUUUAUCGCGAUUGGAUUGCAACUCUGGGUAUCGAAUGUCCUAAAGGCAUUUUAUUGUACGGCCCCCCUGGUGUUGGAAAAACGUUUCUUGUAACCUCUGUAGCAGAAGCGUGUGGUGCGAAAGUAUUUAUUAUCCAAGGCCCAGAGAUAUAUGGACCUUAUCUUGGAGAAAGCGAAGAGAAACUAAGAGAUAAGUUCAAGGAAGCUCAAGGAUGGGCAUCUGAAAAUGAUUCACCUGUGAUUCUUUUUAUCGAUGAGAUUGACGCUUUGACACCACAUCGUGAUCGGGCACAAUCUCAUGAAAACAGAGUUGUUGCUCAGCUUUUGACAUUGAUGGAUGGUAUUGCAUCAAGAGGUCGUCUUGUAAUUAUUGGAGCAACCAAUCGACCAAAUUCAAUUGAUCCUGCCUUACGGCGCCCAGGAAGAUUUGAUCGAGAGAUUUCAAUUGACGCGCCUGAUAAAGGAACAAGACAUGCUCUUAUCACCUCUCAGUUACGCAGUAUGCCAAUAGAUGAAUCCGUCGAUAUUGAAACACUUGCUACCAUGACAAAUGGCUAUGUUGCUGCUGAUAUCACGUCAUUGUGUAGAGAAGCUGCCAUGCAUGCUGUACAAAAAGCAACAAAAGAUCUAGCAAAGGAAAUGUAUGUUUCCAUGGAAGAUUUUAUGGUUGCUUUUGGAUCCGUUGGCCCAUCAAUGCAACGUGGGUUCCAAGUACAGGUUGAGCAAACAGGGUGGGAUGAUAUUGGAGGUCUAGAAGACGUUAAAAAGAAAUUGAAGCAAGCGGUGGAGUGGCCAAUUCUUCACAAAGAUUCGUUUAUCCGUUUGGGUCUUAAACCACCGAGAGGUAUUCUUUUGUAUGGUCCACCUGGAUGCAGUAAGACAACCCUUGUGAAGGUCAUUGCCUCAUCAUCAGGUGCUGCAUUUUUAUCCAUUAACGGUGCCCAACUUUACUCACCUUAUGUGGGUGACUCUGAAAAAAUCAUUCGAACUACAUUCCAAAAAGCAAGAGCCUCUGCACCAUCCAUUAUUUUUCUGGACGAAACAGAAGCCAUUGUAGGAAAGCGUGACAUGGGCAAUGGUGGCGGUGGUGGCGAUAGUGUACAAGAAAGAGUACUUUCGACUUUACUAAACGAGAUGGACGGCGUGGAAACGGCUGAGUCAGUGCUUGUCGUUGGUGCUACAAAUCGACCAGAUAUGCUGGAUGCUGCUUUGUUAAGACCCGGAAGAUUUGAUCGUUUGGUCUAUGUUCCCCCACCAGAUUUCAAAGCUCGAUGGGAGAUCUUGAAGAUUCACACGCGUCGUAUACCUUUAUCCGAAGAUGUGAACCUUGAAGUAGUUGCUGAUUGUACCGAUUAUUAUACAGGAGCUGAUUUACAAAAUGUUUGCCGGGAGGCAGCCAUGAUUUCACUUCGAGAGAAUCACUCGGCUGCAAAAGUGGUAAUUAUAAAUUUUAUACAAGAGUUCUUUGACCAACUCUAUUUUUUGUAG